AUGCCUAUCCGCAACCCGUUCAGGAGAGGCCCCGGCGGGGUUGACGUCCAUGACGAGAAUCAGCGCCCGAGCGCCCGCGGCCAGAGCGAAGACACUGGCUUCCAACGGGCGAAGACUACCGGAUCGAAGCCCGUCGAGAUUCUCGAAAAGGAGUACAAACUCAGCGAGAUCAACGAUUCUGGCGUGUUCCUGCCGCCCUCACCAACCGAAAAGAGCACUUUCUGGGGAGGCAAAUCGCGCACUUCGACUUCGUCAAACCAUCGCAGCGUUCUGAGCGACAAUGAGCCCUUCAGCAUUUCGCGCGAGUCUUUCGACUCGUACCGGCGAUCCUUUGAUAUUUCUGCCCGCGCUCCCGUCAUCGAAAACCUGGAUAUCCGGCCCCGCCAAAGUCUCGACUCUCGCCGCCUUCCGCGCUCGUCCCUGAACGAACGCCGCUUCGAACGGCCGAUUUCUACAACCGAGGAAGACUUCGAGGAUGUCGGCCUGAACGACGAGCCGCCGAAGCAAAAGAAGAAGGGCUUCUUCGCCAGGUUUGGUGACUCUUCGGAGAAUCUCUCCAAGCCUGACAGCCGGCCAGCGUCCGGUCUCGGCUUCCACCUCGUCGGGGGAAGGAAGAGGGGCCAGAGCGGCCAAGGCGCCGAGCUAAGUCCUAUGCCGCGCUCCAUGGAUGGUAUGCACCAGGUGUCGGUUGAGUCGAAAUGA